UUUUUUUUUUUUUCCCUCCCCCCUCCCUCUCCCCCCCCCCCCUUUCGCUUUGAUUUCUCUCUCCUCCCCUCUGCGCGCCCUGCGUGUGUGUUUUUUUCGCCGCCGAUCUUCACCAAGCCCCUUGGCAUGAGUUAAGCACCAGCCAUGGACACCAAACACUUCCUGCCACUGGAUUUCUCCAACCAAGUCAAUUCCACAUCCCUGAACUCUCCCACGAGCCGGGGGCCCAUGGCCACCCCAUCCCUGCACCCAUCCAUCGGGCCAGGCAUAGGUUCCUCACUGGGCUCCCCAGGCCAGCUCCACUCGCCCAUCAGCACCCUGAGCUCGCCCAUCAAUGGCAUGGGACCUCCUUUCUCUGUCAUCAGCUCCCCCAUGGGCCCACACUCGAUGUCUGUCCCCUCCACCCCCAGCCUGGGAUUCGGCACCAGCAGCCCACAGCUCAACUCACCCAUGAACCCUGUCAGCAGCAGCUCAGAAGACAUUAAGCCACCCCUGGGGCUCAAUGGAGUCCUCAAAGUGCCAGCACAUCCCUCAGGAACCAUGGCCUCCUUCACCAAGCACAUAUGUGCCAUCUGCGGGGACAGAUCUUCAGGGAAACAUUACGGGGUUUACAGCUGCGAGGGCUGCAAAGGCUUCUUCAAGCGGACGGUGAGGAAGGACCUGACCUACACCUGCAGGGACAACAAGGACUGCCUGAUCGACAAGCGCCAGCGCAACCGCUGCCAGUACUGCCGCUACCAGAAGUGUCUGGCCAUGGGCAUGAAGCGGGAAGCUGUCCAAGAGGAGAGGCAGCGGGGGAAGGAUCGUAAUGAGAACGAGGUGGAGUCAACAAGUAGUGCUAACGAGGACAUGCCCGUGGAAAAGAUCUUGGAAGCUGAACUUGCAGUGGAACCAAAGACAGAGACAUACAUUGAAGCAAACAUGGGCCUGACGCCGAGCUCGCCCAAUGACCCGGUGACAAACAUUUGCCAGGCAGCAGACAAACAGCUCUUCACCCUGGUGGAAUGGGCCAAGAGGAUCCCUCACUUCUCCGAGCUGCCCUUGGACGACCAAGUCAUCUUGCUCCGAGCAGGGUGGAAUGAGCUCCUCAUUGCCUCCUUCUCCCACCGCUCCAUAGCUGUGAAAGAUGGGAUCCUCUUGGCCACCGGGCUCCACGUCCACCGGAACAGCGCGCACAGUGCCGGCGUCGGGGCCAUCUUUGACAGAGUGCUGACAGAACUCGUGUCCAAAAUGCGAGACAUGCAGAUGGACAAGACAGAGCUGGGCUGCCUGCGAGCCAUUGUUCUCUUCAACCCUGACUCCAAAGGUCUCUCCAACCCAGCUGAAGUGGAGGCAUUACGGGAGAAGGUCUACGCCUCGCUAGAAGCCUACUGCAAACACAAAUACCCCGACCAGCCUGGGAGGUUUGCAAAGCUCUUGCUCAGGCUCCCAGCCCUCCGAUCCAUCGGCCUGAAAUGCCUGGAGCACCUCUUCUUCUUCAAGCUAAUAGGCGACACGCCGAUCGACACCUUCUUGAUGGAAAUGCUGGAGGCACCCCAUCAAAUGACUUAAGAGAACUGCUGCUGGGUCAGUCCCUCACCCAGCCGGGGUCUUUUCGGGACCCUUUCCUCUGCUUUCCUCUGCCCCAGCUCAGCCCUCCCUCCUCUCCCCAGCGCUGGAGGCACCGUCUGAUCCGGGGUGACCCCUUUGCCGUCCUCGCCUCCUCCUCGUCGCCUUCACCCUUGUUUGCUGGCACCUCUGCAUCUCUAGACCUGCUCGCUGGUUCCCUGCACUAGAUGUAGACAAGUGGGAGAGGAGAGAGCUUGACACCCACCACCCUGAGCUCACAUCUCUGCCCUGGACCCCCCCCCCACUGCUCUGUGUUUGGGGGUGAGCAGCUGGCCAGGCUUGGCAUCACCCCCCGGCUGGUGGGGAUUCCCUGGGGACAGGAGCAGGGAUGGGGACAGUUCCAGCCCUUGGGAUAUUGAGGGGGGGGGGUUUGGACAGCUGGAGGGGGGAGUGGUUGAACUGGCCGAAUUGCAGCUGGCUAUUUUCAAGAGGAUGGAGGGUUUGGGGUUUUUUUGUUGGUUUUUUUUCUUUUGUUUUUUGUUUUUUUUUUCAAAAUGAGAAGAGGAAAAAAAAAUAAUUCUAUUUUUGGUUUCUAAGUAUUCUUAGCAGUCUCAGUAGUUACUUCACAGAGGGGGAGGUGGCCCGGCCCAUGCCCUCCAGCUGAGUCACCCGUGGCUGCACAGGGCCUUCUCCUUUCAAUUAAAAGCAGAGGGUUUGGGCUCCAGCUUUAUCUCCCCCACCAAAUGACAAGGCAACCCUGGUCCUGGGGUGCCCUCUUCUCUUCUGGGCAGAGGGUCCUGUGGGUGGCAACACCCAAAAAAUCCCUUCUUGCCACCCUGGAGGGCAGCUGGGCACUGCUGCUCUUCCCAAAGAUGCCUCUGCAUUUCCCAUGGAGCUGCCCACGCAGACAGAACCAGCUGGAGCACUUGCUUUAAGGCUGCCAAGGACUCGGCAUCUCCUUCCCCCAGCUCACAGGGGUCUUCCCAGACCUCUGCCCUCACCCCAGCAUCCCAGUAUUGCCCCACUCCCAGGGCUCCAUCCCACCAGUCCCACUGAGGGGCUGUUGAGUUGGAGCAGCAGGAGCUGAUGUGCCAGCAGUGGCUCCCUCUUGGGUUUUUGACCUUUUGGAGAGGAAUUUCCAGACUGGGGGGAGUGGGCUCAGUGAAAUGCCCCCUCCCUGCCCACCUUCUGCGUACACAGCAGCCCCUGGGCCAGCAGCACCCGAGCCCUUGCCUGGUGCUGGGGUUUUUACUCACCCAGGAGGUUGCUGGUGUUGAUUCAGCAGCUGCUGUGCAAAACACCACAAGGCAGCAAUUAGUGGGAGUGCUGGGCUAGACUGGGAGUGGUGGCUGGUUAUUAGGGGGGUAGCAAGAACAGGGCUCCCCCCUCCUCCCCUGAAUCUGCCCCCUUUGGGCAGAGCUGUGGGGGCCUCUGAGAUGCUGAGAGCAUCAGCAGCACCUUGGCUUUUGCACAGUCCUUUCCUUGAACUUUGGUGUGACAGCAAGGAAACGGACAGGUUUUUGGGGAUUAGGGGCACAGGUUCAGGAAUGUGCCCACACCCCAUGGGAUGGGAUUCCCUGAGGAGUGCCCGGGGAGAGGUCAGCCAGGGAGCAUUUCCCCGUCGCCUUCCCCAGAGGCCCACCAAAAAAAAAAAAAACAAAGAGAGGGGGAAAAAAAUCCAGAGCAAGUGGUGAGGGAUGUCAGGGAGGGGUUUUUCCCCCUCGACAGGAUGGGUUCUGAACACACCAUGGGGCAGGGGUGCUCAGAGCCAAGAACAAGGUGCCUGUGGUCAACCUCGGGCCAAGGGCUUCCCCGCCACUUCUGUGUCUUCUGUGCUUUAAAAUGACAAAGCAUGAGGUCCCCAAGGUAUUUCUUUCUCUUCUUUCUCCCCGUGGGUUUGUAGCUUUUCAAGCAGCUGCUCUGAGGCUGGCAGGGGAUGGAGCAGUGCCUGCCAGCUCCCACCUCUUUUGGAGGGGACGUGACUGUCACCCACUUGUCAGCAUCCCACCCAGCAGCUCCGGUCCCCGGCUCCAUCCCCUGCACUGAACCAGGCCAGCUCAUUGCUAAAGAAAUCCUCAGGAUUUCAGGUCAUAACUUUCCCUUAGGCUGGCCUGAAGUGGCAAAUCCACAGAGGCAGGGAAAGUGUUUUGGCUGUGUUUCUCCAGCAGCCUGCGUGCCGCCGAAAAUAUUAUUAAACAGCUUCACCCUGCAAAGAAUUUGCCAAGAAAACCAGGCAAGAGAAAUGAAAUAUGGAAAGGGUGCCAGUAAACACGAGCAGGCUGUUCCUUGCCAGCAGAAGGCUGGCUCAGCCCCACGGGGGGCUUGCAAGGGGGGGGGUGAGCUCUUAGCCAGCCCCUGUGGAGCUGAGUCCGGAGCCAGAGCAGCCCCUGGCAGCCCCCAGCCCAGCUCCUGCUGGUGGAAAAAAGCCUGGAGAGGGUGAGGGGGCUUUGUGGAAGUGCUGGUGGACAUUGCUCUGGAAUAAACCCCACUGUCCUUUGUUGUUGGGUGGAAGCACUUUUUUCCUGCUGGGUGGCAUGGAGGGGGGGGGGUUGGUGCUGGGUGCUGAGCUGCAGUGGCUUGUGAGGCUCCCAUCUCAUCCCAUUCCCUCCCAGUUAGCAUUUGACCUGAGAAGUUGCCAGGAACAAUGAGGAAUAAACCAACAAACAGCACAGUGCAAAGGGGAAGGGUGUGCAGACCAGGGGCUCUCAGUUUCCUCUCUGUGCCUCAGUUUCCCUGCAUGGUUUCAAAUCAUGCUCCCUGCCUGAGGAGAGUUUUGGGGAGAGGUUGAGUGAUAUCCUGGCCUUUUUCUUUUCAGCAGGUGUCAAGGGAGCCCUCAGAUGGCUCUAACUCACCAGGACUCUGUUGCUUUCAGUAGGACUCUUGUGAUUUUCCCCGGUAGCCACACUGGCAUUUUAGGUUGCCAGUGGGUCCAGAACACGUGUGACCAAUCCCUCCCCCUCAGACAUCACCAUCCCAGCUCUCCCCAUCCAAAGGAAAAGCUUUUGUGCAGCUGAUAACAUCUGUCCCAGCAGCCUUAAUGCAAUGUGCUCCUGUGUGAGUCUCUUUCAUUUAUAUUCUUUUUCAGUUUUGGUUUUUUUUUUUUUUUUUUUUUUUUUUUUGUCCUCAUCCUAAUAAUUAUAAAUACCCCACGUGCUUGUGUGAAGAGGUGAUAGGUGGGUAAAAGGAAAAAAAAAAAGAAAAAAGGCCCAUUAUUCACUAGAGAGGUAGGACGUUCAUUUAACCAGAUCUUCGUAUCAAACUCUGGUUUGAUUAGGGUGAUCUUAAUUAUUAUGAUGAUGAUAACAAUGUUUGUUUGUUUUUAAUUCCUUUUUUGUUUUUUUUUUUUCUUUUUUUGUCGGUGGGACAAUCUUUAAUUUUCUAAAGAUAGCACAAACAUCAGCUUCCCAGCCACCCACCUGCCACCCUGGAUGUUCCUCACUGCCUUUUCUUGCCUCUGCCUGUUUCAGCCAAGCCCUGACCCAACCCCAACCCCAACCCAGCACUCCCACACCUCACCAGGGAGGAUGCUGAAGCUCCCUGAGGAUCCACCAGCACCCAAAUAGCUGGAAUUCCAGGCAAAGGACCUUCACCUCCCCAGCACCCAUGGGUGCAGGGAGCCCACGCUGACCCGGCAGCUUCCCAGCACUUUGGACCCGGUGUCCCCUGCCCGUCCUGGCUGUCCCCUGCCCACAGCCCCUCCCAGGGCUGCUCUCUGGCUGCUCCCCAGGGGUGAGGAGGAUGGUGGGGAUGUGGCUGAGGAGCUGCUGGUGUCCCCAGCAUGACCCCUCUGUGCAUGUGUACACAUGUAUGUACUGUAGAUAUACACACUGUAUAAAUACCCUCAUCACAUAUACAGAUAUUAUAACCGUAGCAAUUACAGACUUUUUGUGGGUUUGUUUUGUUUUGGUUUUUUUUUUAGUUUAAGUCCUUUUUUUUUUUUUUUUUUGGUGUGUUUUUGUGUCUUUUUUUUUUUUUUUUUUUUUUAUCCCCCUUCUCUUUGUUGCUCGGUGUAAGCCAGUACCUUGUAUCCCAAGCCCUUUCUGAAUUGGCAGAUGCCAAAUCUGGAUCUUUAUUCCUCGAGACAAAGGAGAUGCAUCUAUUUUAAGAUGCCUUUUUGUUUUGUUUUUUUUUUUUUUUUCCUUUUUUUUUUUUUUCUUUGGGUCAUUUCGUUUUGUUUUCUUUUUUCUUUUGAGCAGCAGGUGGGGUUGAGUAAAAAUAGCUUUAGCAAUUCCCAAUACUUAGUGAUGGAUGCCUUGGCUAUGGGGAUGCAUAGCUAAAAAAAAAUAAAAAAUAAAAAACGUUAAAAUUUAGAAUGACAAAAAAAAAAAAAAAAAAAGAUAAGGAAAAAUAUCUAAAGCAUCAAUAAAGUUAAAAUCUAUUUUUGUACAAAUGUAAUUUUAUCCCAUACUUAUUCUGGAAUAUUUUCUUUCUGGAUUGUUUUGUUUCUUCUCCAGAGAUUGUUAGAAACUUUCUCUCUUUUUUCUCUCUCUCUUUCUCUCUGUAAGUGUUCUGCCACAGGGACAGGGAUCUGGAGAAGAGGGAGAAGCUUUUGUCCGUGUUUUAAAGGCUUUAUAUGAAAUCUCUUUUGAAAUAAUUUUUUUGAAUGAACUUUUUAUUUUUUUUUUUCCCCCCACUUCCAAAAUCUUUUUUCGGGAAGGGUGGGGUGGGGAGGGGGCUUGGUCUGGGGGUGUCUUUUGUCACGUAUAUCCGGCGUUCCCGCAGGUCUGUUUUACUGUGAAAUCACUACCCUAUAUUAUUAUUCACUUAAAAAAAAAAGGAAAAAAAAAAGAAAAAAAAAAAAAAAGAAAAGAAUCGCUGCUGGAAACGCCAGUAUUUUGAUGAACAAUUGUAUUAGAAUUGUGGGAAAAAAAAAAAAAAAAAA